AUGGAGUUGAAGAGGAAAUAUGCCAUUAGUGCUGUGUCAUUAGUUAUAAUUAUUGCAUGGAUUUUAAUUCCAAACAAUGUUCUUCAAACAGUUAGUGAUAAAACAACAGUUGUUUUGAACGUUUUUGGAAACCGUAAGACUGCUACUACCAAGAGUACGCCGAAAUUACCACUAAAUAUAUCCCCUACUGACCCUUUGGAAGUAAUUCGUAGAGACUGUGUGAAGUAUUGGUAUUUUGAUAGUCAGUAUUUAGGUAAAACAGCAAGAUCACCUGUUUGGACAGAGAAAGGUAUUGAAGACUGGAUAAUCAGUGCAAAGAAAGGUAAAUUACGCGGGAAUUAUGGUGCUGGAGAAACAAAUGCUCUUAGGGAUGCUUUGAAACAUGCGCCUGGUAUUGUUGAUGGUAGAGUUAUGGUGAUAGGUUCCGAAAAUCCAUGGGUUGAGGCAUGCGUAUUAGAAGCAGGUGCGCGUGAAGUCUUCACAUUAGAGUAUGGCAGUAUCAAAUCAGAACAUCCAAAAGUGAAAACUAUUGUUCCGUUAGAUUUUCGUAUGCGUUAUCUAAACAAUACUUUGGGUACUUUUGAUGCCAUUGUUACUUUCAGUUCUAUAGAACACUCGGGAUUAGGGAGAUAUGGGGACGCUUUGAAUCCCUGGGGCGAUAUUAUUGCCAUAGCACGAUCCUGGUGUGUAACCAAACCUGGAGGCUCAUUAACUAUAGGUGUGCAAUAUAAUUAUGAUCAUGAAUACCUUAGAUUUAACGCUGACCGAUGGUAUGGCAAGAUAAGAUAUCCAUAUUUAACUACAAAUUGGAAACAACACUAUAGAGGUAAAGGUUCGCAGCGUGUUCAUGUUUUUACGAAAUAA